UGGGGUCGCAACGCACGUGUCAAAACAAAACUCGCCAUAUUGUCUUCUUGGUCGAUCAAAGCUUUGCUGGAACACGCAGUAGCAGUUAAGUAGCAGAACGAGGCGCGAUGUGGAGCGUCUCGACACCGUUGUUCUUGUUUUUCUGCGGGGCAAGUUUCUUCGUCAUAGGUACCUGUGCUGUGAAGUCAAGAUUUGCGUGCGAGGGUGAGAAGUUACGCUUGCGCUGUGAAAGUGACUACGUCCUUCGUGUAUUCAAUGCCAAAUAUGGUCGUUUAGAGCCUGGGAGUUCAAUAUGUCCACACGAGAAUAUCACUGACUUAAACUGUCAGGCGGAAGGUGUGCUAUUGAAAGUUAUGGCAAUGUGUACCAAUAGAAGAAGGUGUAUCAUAAAAGCGGACAGUUCUUUUUUUCGAGAUCCUUGUCCUGGCACAUACAAGUAUCUGGAGGUUAUUUAUGGAUGUGUUCCUGGCGAUAAUUGGACUCCGACACCAACGUCGAAAAAGUCAAAGACGAAACCUCGUUUUAACAGAACGACGCCAGUAACCAUGAAGUCGCCAAUAACAAAAAGACCUCGUCUAAAGAGUACAACGGACAGCACAACUGGUAAAAAUAGUUCGAUAAACAACAUCAGCGGAACGAAUCAAUCUAACACAACAAGAGAAUUUUUACCAACGAGAAAAUCUACCACCCUUAGCUUCCUAUCCACUUGGACCACGAAGAAAAAAAAGUCACUUCCAAAAGCUCCAGAUUCAAAAGCCUCAGGCAGGGAAGGUGAGGAAGGCGUGAUUUUUGUCCUGCUGAGAUCUGUGUACGUCACAUACAGGUUCAUUUCAGAACAAUCACGCGAUACCCUGGUCGUAUUCUUGUCGGGAGUGGCUGGUGCCACUGUUUUCUUGCUUUUGUUUCUGUUAGCAAUUCAUCUUUGCAAGAAAAAAUUUAGGAAGAGAAAAUUUUCCAUGGUUAAAAGAGAAGACGAAGAUGAAGUGAACAAAAUAAAGAGUGUGACUAUAGAACUGCAAGGAAAUGGUGACGAAACCAAAGAAAUAAACGUCAACCCAGGAGAUAUCAUUAUCAUUGAUCACAAUGACGAUGAUCGAGCAGGAAGCGAGGAUCUUGGUUAUCUAUCGGAAAUAGUUCGAUUUUAUAACAGUCAGAACAUCGGCAGCGACGACCAGAUAUCGAUUAGAAAGCAAUUUUCCGCUUGUGACAGUCCCUCAGUUAUUUCGACCGAGGCAAGUGAAAGUAGAGACAGCAAAUAUGGUUCAGUUGGAAUGAAGCACUGCACUUGCCAACAUGAGUCCUUAUUGCGCCCCUCUUCCCCACUUGGUAUUAUAUAAUACGCGAAAAGGCUC